UCGUGUGUUGGAUUAUUAGCUAAAGAAUUUUCCUUGUCCUUGGAAAGAAUUUUCCUCAAAAGUGUUCAUGUAAUAUUUUCUUUUCUAUUUGUGAGAAAGUAAUGAGUUAUCAAUCUAUUAGUGCAAAGACAAUGGCAACUACUCCAUUCUCGAUAAACGACAUUUUAACCAGGAAUAAUCCUUCGGACCAAUUUCCCAUGGAUUCCUCAUUUGAAAUGAACAGUGAUGGUUCAGUGAAGUGUUUCAAGUUCCCACCUUGUGACCGUUCUCUUCGAGUUGCAUCGGGGCUCAUGAGGAGACAAUCUGAGAGCCCACCUGGAGGAACUAAAACAAGUCGAGGGGCUUUUCAGAAUUCCUCCCAAGGAAAUCAUUCAAUCUACUUCAACAACAACAACAACUGCCCAGGACCAGUUGUACGUCGAGGAUCCCUGGAUUGCUUCCUUGUUGAAAGUGAAAAACGGGAUCAGCUCUCCCCCGAUGGGGAAUGUGAGGAAGUGUACCCAAAUGGAGCAUCCGUGAAAAUUCUUGAGGGUCGUAUGGGUCGCUACAGUAAUCGAAUGGACUCACCACUCGAUAUGAGGCGCUGCACGGUUACAGAUUCAGAUGGAGAUUCCCCACCCCCGCAAUUCAACAUGAGCCUUCAUCACAUGGAGGACAAUUUGACGACGAAUCGCAAAAAGAGAUCUCGUGCUGCCUUCAGCCAUGCUCAGGUGUUUGAGCUUGAGAGGAGAUUUGCCCAGCAGCGAUACCUUUCGGGUCCUGAAAGGUCCGAAUUGGCAAAGAAUUUGCGUCUCACCGAGACUCAGGUGAAGAUAUGGUUCCAAAAUCGGCGCUACAAGACAAAGAGAAAACAAAUUCAGCAGCAUGAAGCUGCCGUUCUCAAUGCUACAAAGAGAGUUCCAGUCCAGGUUCUUGUACGCGAGGAUGGUUCCUAUGGGCAUAUGUUGGUUGGGAAUGGUCAGCUGGCAGGAACACAGCCUCACUUUGCAGCAGGACUUGAUCCAGCUUUAGUCAACAUGUAUAGGCAUCAGAUUCAAAUGGCUUAUGGGAUGCCAAUUCCUCCGGUACCAUUUCCAUACUUUUACCCGUCAAAAUUGGCAAAUCCUGGAUCAACGCUUGAGCAACAUAAAUUGUCAAUGAGACUAUUUGACAAGCAUCAUGACCACAUUUUGAAUUACUCAAAGAGAGACGAUGGACGACACUCUGCGUCAGCAGCAGUAGCUCUUUCCCAAAGUCAGGAGGAGGUGGAUCCAAGGAAUGAGAAGCAAUCACAAAAGAUCUCAUCAAAUAACGAAGAUGUGGAUGCGGACAAAAUAAAGCGAAAUCAACCAAAUGAUGGCACAGAGGAGAGUGAAAAUGUGGAAAUUGACUAGGAGACAUCCCCUCACCCCGCAGCAAACCAGUGAAGGAUGUGAAUCUCAUUUGUUUUUAGAAGUGUGUGCAAAUCAAUGAUGUUGUUGAGAAUAAAAUUGA